GAAAAGUGCGGGAGGAAGAUGGCCACUACUAAGCGUGUGUUGUACGUGGGUGGUCUGGCAGAAGAAGUGGACGACAAAGUUCUUCAUGCUGCAUUUAUUCCUUUUGGAGACAUCACAGAUAUUCAGAUUCCUCUUGAUUAUGAAACAGAAAAGCACCGAGGAUUUGCUUUUGUUGAAUUUGAGUUGGCAGAAGAUGCUGCAGCAGCUAUUGACAACAUGAAUGAAUCUGAGCUCUUUGGACGGACAAUUCGUGUCAAUUUGGCUAAACCAAUGAGAAUUAAGGAGGGCUCUUCCAGACCGGUUUGGUCAGAUGAUGACUGGUUGAAGAAAUUCUCUGGGAAGACUCUUGAAGAGAAUAAAGAGGAAGAGGGGUCCGAACCUCCCAAAGCUGAAACCCAGGAGGGAGAGCCCGCUGCAAAAAAGGCCCGGUCAAAUCCUCAGGUGUACAUGGACAUCAAGAUUGGGAACAAGCCAGCUGGCCGCAUCCAGAUGCUCCUGCGUUCCGAUGUGGUACCCAUGACAGCAGAGAACUUCCGCUGCCUGUGCACCCAUGAGAAGGGCUUUGGCUUCAAGGGGAGCAGCUUCCACCGCAUCAUCCCCCAGUUCAUGUGCCAGGGCGGUGAUUUCACAAACCACAACGGCACUGGGGGCAAGUCCAUCUAUGGGAAGAAGUUUGAUGAUGAAAACUUUAUCCUCAAACACACUGGACCAGGCCUCCUCUCCAUGGCCAAUUCUGGCCCAAACACCAAUGGCUCCCAGUUCUUCCUGACCUGUGACAAGACAGAUUGGUUGGAUGGGAAGCAUGUGGUAUUUGGGGAGGUCACUGAAGGCCUGGAUGUCUUACGGCAGAUUGAGGCCCAGGGCAGCAAGGACGGGAAGCCAAAGCAGAAGGUGAUCAUUGCUGACUGUGGGGAGUACAUGUGAGAUGGUGUGCUCCGCCUCUCUCUGCAACUGCCCCUGCGUGUCCCGGAAGGAACCAGCACUCGGGGCGCUCUGUGCAGCAAGCUGUGUUACAGCCGAGCCCUUCUAUAGUGUGGGCUUUCUCAGGAGCAGCUCCUCUGCAGCAUGGCCUGGACCCCCUUCAUCUGCUGUCUGUCCUAGGUGUCAGGGCCUGUCCUGGGCCACCUGAGGCUCCUGGGUGGUUUCUUUG